AUGACAACCUCCGUCGCUCCCGGUCUCUGCUGCUAUGUCAUCUUCUCCGGCAUCCUGCUCCUACUUGCAUCCUUCUGUUGGCAGGUCGAGCCUCAUCAGGAGGUGGCCUUGGACCUCGGGCUAGAAGCACGGUUACUUCGCUCUCUAGCCGAGCAAGAGGCUGAGUCGUUGCCGCUGCUUGUACAGGCUCAGGCGUGGAUGGAGCCUAGCUUCCGAGCCCUUCCAAAGACCUCGAAGGGUCGGGUGGGUGCUCGGGCUGCUGCGCAUCUUGUGCACACUUUCUUCAACACGAACUUCGGCAUCAACCUGCGAGGUCUUCAGGAAGGCAACCCUUUCAAUCCAGACCCAGCCAAGGCCUUGGCUGACUUGAGCUUGCUGCAAACGAGGGCUUCCAAGCUUUCCCAAGCAAUGGCAACGGCCUUACCAGCAAACUAUGCCUACACUCUGCGGGAAGUUGCGGCCUAUGCAGCGGUUCUGCAGAGGCUCAUCAUGAAAGAGGUCCGCAUUGCCUUCAAAGUCGCGUGGAGGCUUCGCAACCACACCGCCAAUGAGCUGCUUGCACCCAAGGAGCUUCGCAGAGUUCUGGCUUCGGCAGUGGUCCUCGUGAACGACUGGGACCUUGUGCUUCUACAAUCCUCGACCCUGAAGCUGGGCACAGACGCAACCAUGAUCCGCCGAUUUCGUCUACAUGAGAAGGCAGCUGCCCAGAAUGCGGAGUCGUGGCGGCAGUUGAAGAAGCUGGUGGCGGAGACUGCACGCCACGUCUUGCCAGCAGCCGACAGCUAUUCGUUCAAGUCCGCUCUGCCAGCCUUCCUUGAGCUGGUCUGGGCAUAUGGAUCUUUCCAGAACGCAGAUUGUCAGGACAUGCAGGCCCUCAUGCGCAGCUUGGACGAGACUGGUCAUGGCAGAGUUUCGCUGAAGGCAUUUUACGGCGUGCCAGAGGCGGCCGGCAACAAGUUCUUCUUCCGAGAGUCUUCCCAGAAAUUGCACGGACUGGGGCUUCUGGACAUGAGCCAAUCCGUUCCAAGCAUCCUGGUCACAAAUUAUGUGAAUGGAGCCCACAAUUGCGUAGCUCCGAACCCGCACUUCGCAAUAUGCUGCAUCGACGAGUGCGCAGGUUUGCUGAGGCGAGUGGAGGCUGCGGUGGAGGCCCCAGCUGCACCAGCCGCUAAGCUGCUGAGCAUCGCACGGGAAAUUAUGCCAGAACACAACUUCACAGAACUGGCAGAUCGCUUGGAUGGUAUCGCCCAAAUGAGCGGCGGCCAGGUUCAGCUCCAUGGACGGCUUUUUGCACAAUGGCUGCACCUGUGGCAGCCGUACAAGUGUCCGUAUCCGCAUCUUCCAUCGGUCCAGAUCGAUCAGGCCCAAUGGAAAGACAAGACACACGCGUUGAGUAUCAAGGACAAGGAGUCGUAUGCCAAAUACUUUGUCGACUUGGCUGACAAUAGUACGGAGAAUGACCCACUCGGGUGGUGGAGUAAUGAUGAAGUUCUGCCUCUGAUGGAGAAGGAGGACGCCUGGUCGACUUCGGAGAAGGUCAUCCAGUACCUCUUUAGCUUUCAGUUUCUCGCACAGCUUCUCAUUGUGAUAAGUGGCAUGCGAGACUGCAUCCUGGUGGUGCAGGAAUCAUGCCCAGGCCGCUGCCGGCGCAAGAAGAAUGCGUGGAAGGACACGCAUGCUGGCGCCGAGCCAAAGCAAGAUCAACCUGAUGGAGACGAUCGCAGCAAAGACCACAAGGACGAUAAGACUUCACUGGAACUACCGGGCAAAGGCAAAACGCGGAAGUCCAAGAUGGGUGAGCCCAGUGAAGUCAGCACAGGAACAGACGCCAGCUCCAAGAGAUUCAGACAGCAAGGUGGGGAGGCCUCAAAGCAGCCGUCGAGAAAGGAAGGAAGCAAAGCGAAAAAAAGAAGCAAAACCAUGGCAAAGGAUGUUGCCAAGCUGCAGAAAGGGAUGCACCAGGCGGUGGAUCUUGCGCCUGCACCCCUGGACGCACAAAAACUGGACGAAGUGGAACACGAGCACUUUGCCAUCGCGAAGAUUUAUGCAGAUGCCUUCGAAGAAACCAGCGUGGAUCUUCCUGAGGUUCCGGAAGGUGCAGCAUCACAAGGAGAUGCUGCUCGCGUCCUGCUUGAUGCUGACCAUGCCAACUCCACGCCGCCAAUGUCGACACACCAAGCCAUCUACCAGUGGCUGGAACCGCAGGACAAUGAGGAAACCAUUGCGGAAACGAUUGCGGAAACCAUGGUGGAAACCAUUGCAGAAACCGGCCCCCUCGAAGUUCGGGAACCUUCUCCCAGGCUGCAACCUCGACUUUCCUCGCAAGCCCUUGCAGGGCAGCAUGCGCAGGCUGGAGAUGCCAUCGUGUGUCACACUGCACUCACACAGUGCAGGUUGCAACGUGGAGUGAGUUGCCUGCUGUGGAAGUGA